CAUUUCUUGUCUACAUAGCAUUCUUACACAACUUUUUAAUACAUUUUUACACCUAGUCAGUACAUAUACUCACAAUAUAUUCACAAAUCCGUGGCCAGUGAUAUGGAGGAUGCCCCAGAAACCAAGCGAGUUCAGCUGCAGGACCUGCCGACUGAAGUAAUGCAGAUGGUUAUGGGUCACUUGGACCUAUACCGCCACAAGUUGCUACGGGAAGCUUCGGAGCAACUGAAACAGAUCAGCACGGCGUACAUAUUGCACCAUCACAAGCGCUAUGAGGCGGCCUAUCGGGAAGGACCUUCGGAGGCAGGCAGUAAAAGGAUCAUGCUGCAGAUCCUGCGCUCAACCAUCAGGCACUUCUCCGACGAAGAUAGCGAGUCGGACCUGGCCAUCAGUCUGCUGCACUUCCACGACAGGGAUACCGUUUUUUAUGGCGAGGCUGAUCAGCUGGGCAAGUUCCUCGCCCACUUCCUGUUCCUCAAGGAGCAAUCCUCCAACAAAUUCAGUGCUGAGCGCCUAAAACUUAGCCGCCUCCAUUACACAAUGACAGUUUUCAGCCUGCUGCGGCAAUUCCGGAACUUUAGGAUCCUGGGAUUUGGCAAAACCCUCUGGCACUGGAACGUGGAGGUUGAGUUGGCCAACACCUUCAUCGGAGUCAUCGACGAGGAAAGGGCCAGCUUCAACACCGUGGAGUCCCAACGACGCAUCUACUUCAUCUCCAUUCUGGCCGAGCUGCUCUUUCUCGAGAAGAUCAACAAAAACUAUGGUGGACAGAGAGGCUUCGAGGGCACCUUGUACACCUACAGCAUUCAACCAAACUCGAAUGCCAAUCGCAAUCCCCGGAUGUUCAUAAAGUUUAUAGUACAGGGUCCGCAGUUUCUCAUCGACUUCCUGCACGACCUUAUCAGCGGAAAGGCCGAUCCUCACAAGCCGUUUCACUUGCCACCGGGAACCGACUUUGCCAUCCGAGUUGAGACCAGGUGCAAGCGAGGGCCACAAUUUGUAUACUUUGGAAACUUGAACUUUAGUAUGUUGGGAUGGAGUGAACUGUCUGACUAAAAAGGUCUUAACAAAGAUGAUCAACAUAUUAGAGAAGGUGUAAUCUUUAGUGUACUGUCAAAUACAACAAAUAUUAAGUGUUUUGUA